UUGUUGGAGUUAAAGAAACAUGGAAACCCUAAUGGCUUCUGCUACUCUCACUCUGUUGUUGCUGCUUGUGUCUCUAAGCAUCUUGCCAUCUGAAACCUCUGCAGAUUAUGUUUACCCAUUUCCUCCUCCUCCAAUGAAAAAACCCUAUUACAAGUAUCCUUCUUCUCCACCACUUACGAAGAAGCCCUACAUGUACCCGUCUCCUCCUCCACCACCACCGAAGAAACACCAUGUGUACCCGUCAUCUCCUCCACUGAAAAAGCACUAUGUGUACCCGUCGCCUCCUCCACCGCCAAAGAAACACUAUGAUUACAAGUCUCCUCCUCCACCGAAAAAACACUAUGUGUACCUGUCGCCUCCUCCGCCACCCAAAAAACACUAUGAUUAUAAGUCUCCUUCUCCUAUGAAAAAACACUAUGUGUACCCGUCGCCUCCUCCACCACCAAAGAAACACUAUGAUUACAAGUCUCCUCCUCCAUUAAAAAACCACUACGUGUACCCGUCGCCUCCUCCACCGCCAAAGAAAUACUAUGUUUACAAGUCUCCUCCCCCAGUUUACAAGAACUAUAUGUAUCCUUCACCACCCCCUCCUUACCACUACUAGAUCCAGCGUUUUCACUGCUCGUGCUCCUUGGUGUGUGAUCUAAUAAUAUAUAUUAUCAUUAUCAAAUAAAGAAAGCGAUGGAUGGACACGCUUCGCAUAUAGAGGAAAGAGGAUGGAAGCAAAUUUCCUCGUACUGUCAUAAAAUAUCAUAGAGUUGCUUUCAUUCUCUUAUUAUUAUUAUUAUUAUUAUUUAUUUAUUUAUGAUGUAAUAUGACAGUUGUGAGCCUUUGCCCAGUCCAUGUAUUUGUUUUGUAAAAUAUUAUUAGUAAAUAAUAUAUGCAUUGUGAGUAGUUUUCAACCUGCUGCGUUUGCAGGGGUUGAAAAAU